AUGGAUGAGCGAAUUGAAGAUGAUGAUAGGGAGGUCUUGGCCGGAUUGAGCACUCUUCCUCCUCAUCGGAAAGCCCAUUCUUAUAGCCAGCAAUUGCGGUUCACCUCCACUCAAAACUCCCAUCAACAACUUCGUAAACAUAGUCUAGAUGAGAAACGAAUACCCAUCAAUAUCGGCUCCUUUUACAACUCGUACGAGGACGACGACGACUUUUUCCCCGACUCAUCCAAUAACCAUACUAUUGCAGGCGGUGAUAAUUACACGUCGCAGACUAUUGACAGCGGUGGAAAUGUCGAUGACUUGUUACAAUGCCAACCUCUACCGGAAUUCAUUGGGAACGGCGGUGGAAUAGGGAUAUUCAAGGUGCCGAUCCGUUCAGCUGUUCAUCCAGGUCGACCGCCUUACCUCGAGUUAAGACCACAUCCAUUAAGGGAGACGCAAGCAGGGAAAUUCCUUAGGAACAUUGCUUGUGCAGAAUCACAAUUGUGGGCUGGGCAAGAAAGUGGGUUAAGGGUGUGGGAGUUUCAUAAUGCCUAUAAAUCUGGUUGUGGUCUCGGUGGAAGAGUAAGAAGGGGUGAUGAGGACGCGGUACCGUUUUAUGAAUCAGCAGACACCUCUCCAAUCGUAUGUUUGGCAGCUGACCAUGGAAAUAGGUUGAUGUGGAGUGGGCAUAAGGAUGGAAAGAUUAGGUCUUGGAAAAUGGAUCAGUCCUUUGGUAACGCCUUUAAGGAAGGUCUUUCAUGGCAAGCACACAAGGGUCCCGUUCAUGCCAUGGUCAUAAGUUCCUAUGGUGAUAUCUGGACAGGAUCAGAAGGGGGUGUCAUAAAGAUUUGGCCAUGGGAGUCCAUUGAAAAGUCUCUUUCCCUUUCUCCAGAAGAAAAGCACAUGGCAACCUUACUAGUGGAGAGGUCAUACAUAGAUCUUAGAAGUCAAGUCACUGUAAAUGGUGUCUGUAGUUUAUCUUCUCAAGAGGUGAAGUGUUUGCUAUCAGACAAUGUUAAAGCUAGGGUUUGGUGCACAAGUCCUAUGUCCUUCUCACUAUGGGAUGCCCGUACGAAAGACCUUCUAAAAGUAUUUAACAUUGAUGGUCAAGUAGAGAACCGAGUUGACGUAUCGCCUGUGCAGCAAGAUCAAGCAAUAGAAGAUGAAAUGAAGGUUAAGUUUGCAUCUACAUCCUCCAAAAAAGAGAAAUCUCAAGGGACUAGCUUCCUACAACGAUCACGUAAUGCCAUAAUAGGAGCAGCAGACGCUGUCCGUCGAGUUGCAACAAAGGGAGCUGGGGCGUUUGUAGAAGAGGCUAAACGAAUAGAAACUAUUGUACAAACAAGUGAUGGAUCGGUUUGGAGUGGAUGUACAAAUGGCUUGCUAGUGCAGUGGGAUGCAAAUGGGACUCGUGUGCAAGAUUUUAAUCACCAUCCUUGUGCAGUCCAAUGCUUCUGCACAUUUGGAACACGGAUAUAUGUAGGUUACGUGAGUGGUAUCAUCCAAGUACUGGACCUUGAAGGCAAUCUAAUUGCCGGAUGGGUCGCUCAUAAUAGCCCUGUGAUUGGAUUAGCUGUUGGCAACCAACAUGUCUUUAGCUUGGCUACUCAUGGCGGCAUACGGGGAUGGCUCAUUGCUUCACCAGGUCCUAUUGAUAACAUUAUAAGAUCAGAAUUGGCUGAAAAAGAACUUAUUUACACAAGGCGGCACAAUGUCAGAAUUUUGAUUGGCACAUGGAAUGUCGGGCAAGGUAGAACUUCUCAGGAAUCUCUUACAUCAUGGCUGGGAUCUACCAUAUCAGAUGUAGGCAUUGUUGUUGUUGGUUUGCAAGAAGUAGAAAUGGGUGCAGGUUUUCUUGCAAUGUCUGCAGCAAAAGAAACUGUAGGACUUGAAGGAAGUUCGGUGGGGCAAUGGUGGCUAGAUACAAUUGGAAAGGCCUUAGAAGAAGGAAAAGCUUUUGAACGCAUGGGUUCGAGACAGCUUGCUGGCUUGCUCAUAUCUCUUUGGGUGCGAAAAAAUCUUAGAACGCAUGUCGGAGAUAUUGAUGCUGCAGCAGUUCCGUGUGGCUUUGGACGAACAAUUGGUAACAAGGGAGGUGUGGGUUUGAGAAUCAGAGUCUAUGACAGAAUAAUGUGCUUUGUGAAUUGUCACUUAGCCGCACAUUUGGAAGCAGUGAAUCGGCGAAAUGCUGAUUUUGAUCACAUUUAUCGAAACAUGGUCUUUAGUCGAUCAUCAACCGCUACAGCUGCUGGUGCCUCAACUGCUACUCAAAUGCUUCGUGGUGCAAAUGCUAUGGGUUUCAACACCGAAGAAGCGAGGCCAGAAUUAUCUGAGGCAGAUAUGGUGGUCUUCUUCGGUGAUUUCAACUAUCGACUAUUUGGUAUAUCUUAUGAUGAAGCUAGGGAUUUUGUUUCACAAAGAUGCUUUGACUGGCUUAGAGAAAAGGAUCAACUUAGGAAAGAGAUGAAAGCUGGAAAAGUUUUCCAAGGAAUGCGAGAGGCACUGAUCAAAUUUCCUCCCACUUAUAAAUUUGAGAGGCAUAAAGCAGGUCUUGCAGGAUAUGAUUCUGGAGAGAAAAGGCGAAUCCCCGCAUGGUGUGACAGAGUAAUGUAUCGUGAUACGCGGUCUGCUCCAACAUCCGAGUGCAAUUUAGAGUGUCCUGUUGUGUCAUCAAUUGUACAGUAUGACGCAUGCAUGGAUGUGAAUGAUAGUGAUCACAAACCUGUCCGAUGUAAAUUCAAUCUGAAAAUUGCUCGUGUUGAUAGAUCAAUAAGGAGAAAGGAAUUAGGGAAAAUCAUGACAUCAAAUGAGAAAAUAAAAUCCAUGCUUGAAGGCUUGAAUUGUGUUCCAGAAACCAUCGUGAGCCCGAGCAACAUAGUCCUUGAAAAUCAGGAGAUGUCAUUUCUCCAUAUAACGAAUAAAAGUAUGAAGGAGAAGGCUAUAUAUAAGAUCACUUGUGAACGCCAGCAUACGGUGACAGCCAGUGAAGAAGCGCCUACUUGCAAUCCAAGAGGUGCCUUCGGCUUUCCUAGGUGGCUUGAGGUCACUCCAGCUGCUGGCAUAAUCAAACCAGAGCAAAAUAUAGAGGUAUCAGUACGUAAUGAGGAACUUCAUUCAUUGGAAGUAUCUGUAGACGGAAUACCACAGAAAUUAUGGAGUGAAGACGCCCGAUAUAAGGAAGUGAUUUUGGUUGUUCAUGUCCAAGGUAGUUUUUCAAAUAAAACUUAUAGUCAAAGGAUUCGUGUACGUUCAUGCUUAUCUGCGAUAACAAUUCGAGCUGACACAAAAUCUAGCAGUGGGAGAAGAAACCAAGGAGGGAUGAAUGUCUAG